UUCUGCCUCUGGCGAGCAAAGCAAAGCAAAGCCAGACCAGACGGCAAGAGAAGGGCGCAUUGCUCAGCAGCAGGGACAGCUCCCCGGUCCCUUUCUCCCCCUUUCCUGGGUGGGGGAUCCGCCAAAUCAAGGGGAGGCAUGCCCCCCGGGGGUUGAAUGGGGGGCGUCGCACGCCUGGCAGCGCCACCCUCCUCCUCCUCCUCCUCCUCCCUGCCCGGGGCGAUGCCAGGGAGGGGGGCCCGGGAGGGCAAGCCGUUGGGCCCCCCACCUGCCUGCCGGACCCCCAUGAGCUGAGCCUGCUUCUCCCCGUGGGUCCCGCCGCCCCCUCCCCCGGUCGGCCGCCAUGGGAUGUAACAUGUGUGUGGUGGAGAAACCCGAAGAACAAUAUCGGGUCAUGCUGCAGGUGAAUGGUCGAGAGCUGUCCCGUCUCUCACAGGAGCAGACCCUUGAAGCCCUGAGGUGCUCCAAGGAACCUCUGGUCAUCCAGGUGCUACGUCGCAGUCCACGCAGCCGGGGUGGGGGUGGUGAAGGACCCACCCCCCAAGGGGACCCCACCACUUUAGUGGACAGUGGAACACAGACAGAUAUCACCUUUGAGCAUCUACUGGGGAUAGGAAGGAUGCGGCCACCAAGCCCUCCGGCUGUAACAUUGGAGCCCUAUGGACUAUCAGAUCUCCCCACAAUUGGACAUGAAUAUUAUGACCCUGUGGAAUUCAUGGAAGGUGCUCCAGAGACUGAGCGGGCAGAAGAGCUGGAGUAUGAGGAGGUGGAAUUGUACAAAGCCAGUCACCGGGACAAGCUGGGCUUGAUGGUUUGUUACCGAACCGAUGAUGAGGACGAUGUAGGCAUCUACAUUGGAGAGGUUAAUCCCAACAGUAUUGCUGCCAAGGAUGGUCGGAUCAGGGAAGGAGAUCGUAUCAUCCAGAUCAAUGGCAUGGAAGUGCAGAAUCGAGAGGAAGCUGUAGCAAUUCUCACUCAGGAGGAGAGGACAAACAUAUCACUAUUGUUGGCUAGACCUGAGGCUGAGUUGUCCAAGCGCUGGAAGGACAGCGAUCGUGAAGAUUUCCUAGAUGACUUUGGUUCAGAUCAUGAAGCUGGAACAAAACCUCGACGGCUUCUUUCGCCACCAAGUCAGCAGAAUGAGCCUCCACAAGAAAAGCCUGCUGGGGAUCCGGCCACUCCACUAACCAACAGCCAGGAGCUGGAUAGUGGUGUUGGCCGUACUGAUGAAAGCACUCGCAAUGAGGAGAGCUCAGAGCAUGAUCUCCUGGGAGAUGAAGCACCCAGUGCUGCCAACACACCAGGGACCCUGCGCAAGUUUGGGCCUAACCUACAGCCUCGUGACUUCCAUUACAGCAUGGACUCACUGUUGGCUGGGGAGCCCCCGAGUGCCAUGGUGACAGACUUGAUGCCAGGGCUUACAGACGAAGAGUAUGAGCGCUACCGGGAACUGCUGGAACUGAAGUGCCAUCUGGAGAAUGGCAAUGACCCAGGCCUGGUGAGUGCACCACUGGAUGUUAACCGCAAUGAGGUGGCUCUGCUGGAGGAAGAGCUCCGUCAUCUGGAGUUCAAGUGCCGGAACAUCCUGCGGGCCCAGAAGAUGCAGCAGCUCCGGGAGCGCUGCAUGAAGGCUUGGCUGCUCGAGGAGGAAGGACUGUAUACCUUGGAGGGGGAACCUAAGAAACAUGAACUGUCCGACAUUACCGAGUUGCCUGAACGCUCUGACAAGGACAGCACCAGUGCCUACAACACUGGGGAGAGUUGCCGGAGCACCCCUUUGCUGGAGAGCCCCUUGCGUCGCUUGGCUGAGCCCCCCAACCUCAACAGGACAGUCCCUCCUUCUCCACCACAGCCCAAAUUCCGGCGGGAAGAGCGGGUACGUCGCAGUCCCAAAGCUGCUGGGGAAGGCAGCCCCUAUCUGAGCCGGAGGCAACGAGAAGAACCGCCAGCCCCCAUCAGCCCUAUGAGCCUAGCCAGCAUAUGCAAGGACUCUCUCGGGGGCAAAGCAGAACCUCGCAUGGAGUGGAAAGUGAAAGUGCGCAGUGAUGGCACACGCUACGUGGCCAAAAGACCAGUGAGAGACCGGCUGCUCAAAGCCAGGGCCAUGAAGAUUCGGGAAGAACGCAGCGGCAUGACCACAGAUGACGAUGCAGUCAGUGAGAUGAAAAUGGGACGCUACUGGAGCAAGGAGGAACGGAAGCAGCACUUGAUCCGGGCCCGGGAGCAACGAAAGCGUAGAGAGUUCAUGAUGCAAAGUCGGCUGGACUGUUUGAGGGAACGAGAAGGCAGCGAAGCCCGAGGGGUAUCUAGUGAAGUCAACAUCUUAGCCUUGAGUCAUCGGAAAACAAUGAAGAAACGGAGUCGCCGCAUCCUGGACAACUGGAUUACUAUUCAAGAGAUGCUGGCCCAUGGCACCCGUUCGGCUGAUGGACGCAGGGUUUACAACCCUUUACUGUCUGUCACCACUGUUUGAGUGCAUAGGAAGAAACAGAGGGAGCCACUGUGUUUUCUUUUCCUUUGUUUAUGGUGUGCUGGCAACUGAAAACCGAAACAGGCCAAACCAUUCCUCCAUGACCAGGAUGGUUGUUUUUUGAGAACACACCAGGAAAGCAUUACUACUACCACCCGAGUUCUGUAGGGCUCAGAAGGCCCACCUCUCUGAACCAAAAUGUUGAGUGGAGCAGAAAGCCCAGCAUCCAUUCCCGCCUUAAGAACCCGAAAAGGGGAGUGGAGAGAGGGCCCUUCACUCUCCCCCAGUCUCCAACCCUCAGGAGCUUGCUGUGGGGCAAGAUCGAUUCCUCCUGGCUUCACUCCUGCCAAUCAAAUUCUGAAGCACAAGGAACCAGCUGUGAUUUACAUAGUGUGCCGAGCACAAAGAAAGCAAAUGGAGUCCCAUCACGUAUAGGUCAACAAGACCAGCGAAGAUCUCCCCCAUCCCACCCACCCCAAGUUGAGACGUUGUGAAAUCCUUCUUUCCUUUUUCUUUCUCUCUCUUUUUCUCCUUUCUCUUUUGUGAUUGUGGCUCUCAAUUUCUUUUCAUUCCUCUAUUUGAAGCUGGAAGGCUGGGCCCUGGAGGCUCAUUCCACAAGUGACUGUUCCCUUCCUCCAUUUUGCACCAUCUGAUUGCUUCUACCCCCAUUCCAGGGAGGAACAUUAGCUUAGACCAGUGGUUCUCAAUCUGGAGUCCCCAGAUGACUUUGGCCUUCAACUCCCAGAAAUCCUGACAGCUGGUAAACUGGCUGGGAUUUCUGAGAGUUGUAUGCCAAAACACCUGGGAACCCACAGGUUGAGAACCUCUGGCUUAGACUAAGGAGCAGAUAGCUUGUGUUAAACCCUGUACCCCAAGGCUGAACUUGCAUUGUUAAAAUAAAAAAGAAGAUUGUUCUUUUUA